AUGAUUAACGCCGUAUUGGUCUUCAACAACAACGGUCAGCCGCGUCUGACCAAGUUCUACUCCCAACUGGACACCGCCGUACAGCAACGACUUCUCUCUGAAAUCUUCACCCUUGUAGCUGCUCGACCCGCCAGCAGCUGCAAUUUUCUUCCCCUCCCACCUCUUCUUGCGUCCUCCUCGACUUCCUCCAACCCCGCCGAACACAACGAUGCGCCCUCCCUCGUAACCUACCGACAUUACGCCACACUAUACUUCAUCGUCAUCUCGACUUCGACCGAGUCUCCCCUCGCACUGUUGGACUUCAUACAGGUCUUUGUCGAAGCGUUAGACAGGUUAUUUGAGAAUGUCUGCGAGCUGGAUUUGAUCUUCAACUUCGAGACGCUGCAUGCUGUAUUGGGCGAGAUGGUCGUGGGAGGCGUAGUGGUCGAGACAGGGCUGGAGAGAGUGGUUGAGGGAGUGAGAGCACAGGGCAAAGUGGCUAAGAGGCCGGUCAAUGAGAGUCGGCCGGGUAUCGGACAAGGCAUAUGGGCGGGACGAUGA